AAUUCCAGGGGACAUGACGAGGGACGUUGCCAUUGUUCAGGAUAUCUGAUUCUCGACACAUUCUGCCCAUGGAGGAGGACUACGAUGUGGACGUGGCUGAAGUGUUCAUGGGAAGGGUCGGAGCAGGCCAGUGGUGGAUGGACUUUGGGAAGGGGGACAGCGAGGAGGCCCAAAGCGCUUUCGUGGUGAACAGUCGCAGCUGGGCUGAGGAGCUUCGGGAGUGUUACGACGGUGAACAAAGCAGACUGUCCAGCAUCUCGGCCCAGCGAAAUGAGAGAGAGUCGAUCAGGCAGAAACUGGCCCUGGGCAGUUUCUAUGACGACGAGCCAGUCAUCUUCACCAGCUGCAGCAAGAGCGACCUGUCUUCUCGGUUCCACAGCGGUGUCAACCUGCAGGUGUGUUUUGUCAACGACAGCAGCAGCAGCAGCGACAAAGACAGCGAUGCUGAGGACAGCAGGACAGAAACCAGUCUGGACACACCCUUGUCACCUGUGAGCAAGCAGAGCUCGUCGUUAUCGGAUCGAGACACGGCGGAGGAGGAUUCGGACCCGCUGGACGACUGCGGCGGGUUCUGGCGGGUGCAGCGGAGGCUCCAGGAGGAGGCACGGGUGGCCCUGGCUCUGGCCAGACCUAUGGCCCGGAUGCAGGUGGAGGUGGAGAGGCAGAUCCAGCAGCACAGACGCUCGCCUGUGGCAGAUCUGCUUCCGCAUCUGCCUCACAUCAGCGAAUGUUUGAUGAAGAGGAAUCUGAGGCGAGGCGACAUGAGGGAUAUGAGUCUUGGCCAGCUUCAAGUGAUCACAAACGACUUGCACUCACAAAUCCAGAGUCUCAAUGAGGAGCUGGUGCAGCUGCUGCUACUGAGGGAUGAGCAGCAUGUUGAGCAGGAUGCCAUGCUGGUGGACAUCGAGGACCUCACCAGACACGCUCACAGCCAUCAGCGACAUCAGGCUGAGAAAGCCAACGCGAAAUGAAUGCCCACGUGUCCACCUGCACGCCACUCAUUGGAUUGUCACUUGCGUUGCCACGGAAACUCCAUUUGUGCUGUCUGUGGAGAAAAGAAGAGGCCCUAUAGUGUUCAGAACGUAUCGCACCACUGGACCCAGAUGGUUUUUGCUUUCUACUCGACUCUGCUCAUGGCAGAUUUGGAAGGGUUCUUGACAACUU